UUGGUGAUGAUGAUGAGAGGGAGGAGGAGGAGGAGGAGGAUGCGCUGCUGCUCUCAAUGAAUCCACAGUUACGCUGCUGGACGAGCGCACCAUGAACGCAUUGGCUUUUUAUAGUCCAGUGGCCGGCACGAAGAUGAUGAUGGAUAUCUUAUACUUCCUGUGGAUACUGCCGGCGGUGCGCGCUGUCGAAGAAGUAUUAAUGGAUUCAACAACGGCAACAGCAGAACUUGGCUGGACCAUCCAACCAUCUCAGGGGUGGGAAGAAGUUAGCGGUUAUGAUGAAAACAUGAACACUAUCCGAACAUACCAGGUGUGUAAUGUCUUCGAUAGCAGUCAGAACAACUGGGUACGGACCAAAUACAUUCGCCGCCGGGGUGCUCAGCGUAUCCAUGUCCAGAUGAAGUUCUCAGUGCGGGACUGCAGUUCCAUACCCAAUGUCCCUGGCUCCUGCAAGGAGACAUUCAACCUCUAUUACUAUGAGUCUGACUCGGACACGGCCACUAAAUUAUCCCCACCCUGGAUGGAAAACCCCUGGGUGAAAGUGGACACUAUAGCAGCUGAUGAGAGCUUCUCUCAGGUGGAUCUCGGUGGCCGCAUCAUGAAGAUCAACAGUGAAGUUCGGAGUUUUGGACCUGUUUCGCGCAGUGGCUUCUACCUUGCUUUCCAGGAUUAUGGCGCCUGCAUGUCAUUAAUUGCCGUCCGAGUCUUCUACAGGAAAUGUCCCCGUGUGAUCCAGAAUGGCGCCGUUUUCCCCGAGACUUUGUCUGGAGCGGAGAGCACCUCUCUGGUGGCAGCCAGAGGGGUGUGUGUUCCCAACGGGGAGGAGGUGGAUGUACCCAUCAAGCUGUACUGUAACGGGGACGGGGAGUGGAUGGUGCCCAUCGGGCGAUGCAUGUGCAAAGCCGGGUACGAGGCGCUAGAGAAUGGUACCGUCUGCAGAGCAUGUGUAUCAGGCUUCUUCAAGGCUGCACAAGGAGACCACAAAUGUCUGCAGUGCCCCAUAAACAGCCGAACCACCAGUGAGGGAGCAACUAACUGUGUCUGUCGCAGCGGAUACUCCCGCAGUGACUCUGACCCGUCACAGAUGCCCUGUACAACUGUUCCAUCAGCUCCACAAAAUGUCAUUUCCAUUGUGAAUGAGACCUCUCUGAGGCUGGAGUGGAGCCCCCCACAGGAAGGUGGAGGCCGAGAAGACGUUGUCUACAACAUCAUAUGUAAAAGCUGCGGCAGUGGGCGUGGCGGCUGCACCCGCUGUGGGGACAACGUGCAGUUUGUCCCUCGUCAGCUGGGACUCACCGACACCAGCGUCCACAUAAGCGACCUCCUGGCUCACACACAGUACACCUUUGAAAUACAAGCUGUCAAUGGGGUGUCCGACCAAAGUCCUUACUCACCACAUUACACCUCCGUCAACAUCACCACCAACCAGGCUGCACCAUCAGCAGUAUCCAUCAUCCACCAGGUUGGCAGAGCCCCUAACAGCAUCACCCUGUCCUGGUCCCAACCUGAUCAGCCUAAUGGAGUGAUUCUGGACUAUGAACUGCAGUAUUAUGAGAAGAACCAGGCAGAGUGGAACUCAUCUCUAACACGGAGUCAGACCAACACAGCAGUCAUACGAGGCUUGAAGUCUGGAACUAUCUACGUCUUCCAAGUUCGGGCUCGGACUGUCGCUGGAUUUGGACGCAUUAGUGGCAAGAUGUACUUCCAAACCAUGACUGAAGAGGAAUAUAACUCCAGUAUCCAGGAGAAGCUCCCACUCAUCAUUGGUUCUGCUGCUGCGGGGGUAGUCUUCAUCAUUGCCAUCACUGUCUUCAUAAUUGUCUGCCGCAGUCGGAGAAAUCCUGACAGACCAGAAUCAGAGUACACAGACAAAAUCCAACAUUACACCAGUGGUCACAAAGUGUCACCGGGAAUGAAGAUCUACAUCGACCCCUUCACGUACGAGGACCCCAAUGAAGCAGUCAGAGAGUUUGCCAAGGAGAUUGACAUGACUUGUGUCAAGAUUGAACAAGUUAUUGGUGCAGGUGAGUUUGGGGAGGUGUGCAGUGGAAACCUCCGGCAGCCUGGGAAAAGAGAGAUCCUGGUGGCUAUUAAGGCGCUGAAGGCGGGCUACACUGAUCGUCAGAGGCGGGACUUCCUGAGUGAGGCGUCCAUCAUGGGCCAGUUCGACCACCCAAACAUCAUCCAUCUGGAGGGGGUUGUGACCAAGAGCACCCCUGUGAUGAUCAUCACUGAGUUCAUGGAGAACGGAUCUCUGGACUCCUUCCUUAGGCAAAAUGAUGGGCAGUUUACAGUGAUCCAACUGGUGGGUAUGCUGCGCGGCAUUGCAGCAGGCAUGAAGUACCUUUGUGACAUGAACUACGUCCAUCGGGACCUGGCAGCUAGGAACAUCCUGGUCAACAGCAACCUAGUGUGCAAAGUGUCCGACUUCGGCCUGUCCCGCUUUCUUGAGGAUGACACGUCAGACCCCACCUACACCAGCGCUCUGGGAGGGAAGAUUCCCAUCCGGUGGACGGCUCCGGAGGCAAUUCAAUACAGAAAAUUCACCUCCUCCAGUGACUGCUGGAGCUAUGGCAUCGUAAUGUGGGAGGUGAUGUCAUAUGGAGAGAGGCCCUACUGGGACAUGAGCAAUCAAGAUGUUAUCAAUGCCAUAGAGCAGGACUACAGGUUGCCUCCCCCUAUGGAUUGUCCUAGUGCAUUGCAUCAGCUGAUGCUGGAUUGCUGGCAGAAAGACCGCAACAACCGGCCCAAAUUCAGCCAGAUCGUCAGCACCCUGGACAAAAUGAUCCGCAACCCCAACAGCCUCAAGGCCACGACACCGCUGUCAUCAAGCGUUCACUUACCUCUGCUCGAUCGGACCGCUCCGGACUUCUCUUCUUUCAGCGUCGUAGAUGAGUGGCUGGACGCCAUCAAGAUGGGGCAGUACAAGGAGAACUUUACCAAUGAAGGAUUCACCAGCUUUGAUGUGGUGUCACAAAUGACCAUGGAGGACAUCAUCCGAGUGGGAGUGAUGUUGGCCGGCCACCAGAAGAAGAUCCUCAACAGCAUCCAGUCCAUGAGGGCCCAGAUGAACCAAAUCACUUCAGUCGAGGUCUGACCUUGAAGACCAAGAGCACACACUCUGUUUACACAAGUAACCUAGAUGCCACCAGCAACCAACCCUGCAUUCUGCUGGAACCUUGUUAGGACAGACCGUGACUUCAGUCGCCCCCCAGCCCCUCCAAACGGUCUUCAGAAGGUUCUAUCGGUCUGAAGCGCCUGCUGUAACUGCUAGUUGGGGGAACAGGGGUUUUGUGUUGACCAUAAACACACCCAUCGAAACCCAGUCUUCAAGCUCCAUUCGUGUCAUUCAAUGAGACACCUUGUUUUGGGGAUUUACUCAGUUCAUUUAUAACAUACGAUACUUUGCUCCCAUUCCACCAAGUUCAAACAUUCAGUGAGAAAGGGUUUGCACUUUAAAUUGUUUGGACAAGACUCACUCUUUAAAAUAAAUUCAAUUCAACUUACUUGAUGAGCUUACAGUUGGUAGCAUCCAUAAUGUUUAAUGAAUCCAUAUGUGCUUACAGACAGCGGGUAGUUACUGCUGUCACACAGUCCUGGGACCCAUGUGGUAUUAGUUAACUAUUAAAACUUUUAUUCUGCGACAAGAUAUACUCUUGAUGGCAGGCAGCUUUACAGUAAUAGAUAUUAAAGGCAUACGCAUUAUGCAACCCUCUAUCAGUUUUCUUUUUGCUGCAAAAUCCAAACAAGAUUAUAAUUAAGUUCUGACACAUGAGGGACAAAGGUAAUGCAGCCAGUCACUUGUUAUUAGACCUGAUGUCAAACAGAAAGGCCAGGGCCAUGCACCACGAGGUGCCAACCAAGAGGAAGUGUGUUUGCACAUUAACAAGCAAUAAACACAGGUGGCAGCACUUCAACCAAGACUUAUAGCUUACCAGGAAAUUACUGAAUAAUGGAAGAAACCGUGACACUAACACCACCAAUGCCAACAAUGUAAAUAAAAAAAGAAUCCCUUAAGUUGGUCUUUUGGAAACGCCAUGAAAUGGCAAAACUGAUAUUUUUAAAAGCCAAUUGGUUGAUAUUUUUUCACAACUCUUCUUACCGAGUAAGUUAUACUUUAACCUUGACCAACACCUGAAAUUCACAUGAUCAAACUGUUGAUUGGAACAUACACUGGCUGUCCUUGAGUGUGAUUUUACUCUAUUAACUGUAGAGAUUUACUUCCGGGUUUGGAAACAAUACAUUGGAAUUCGUUUGAGGUGAAGGUGCAAUGCUUCAUCUUUUACAACCAGUUGUUCAUGAAAAGUGACAUAUUUUCAGGCCACAGGAGGUCCGUAAAGCAGGCCAGGGUGGGGCAGUGCAAGAGAGAUGAAAAACAGGCACAAUUGGAAGGUAGAACAGGUAGAAGUCCAGCAAUAAACAAAAAGCCUCCCUUAAACCUGUUGGGCUCUUUGUAGUCCUUUCGAUUCCCUUUCCUCCACAUAGGUCUCCGUUCCUAUACUGCUUGCCCAACUCCUCUCUGCCAUGUGCUCCCCGUCCCGCCCCUCAUGCACCUCCCCAGCUCUGCCUCAAUUAGGUGCCUUAAGCGCCUGCUGCUGGGUGAGUGAUGAGGCAGUCAAGGAGAUGGAGGCUGCGGUUGGAUUCAAAUUGUCAAAUUUCCUUUGGAAAGUUCCUAACUGAGUGACAGGGCUUCUGUGAGUGGCCGCUAUGAUUAGAGCUGUUUGAGUUCUCUAACUGCUAAGGAAAUGAGCUUCAAUGCUUCCCUACUUGGCUCCUUUAGCUUAGGAACCACUGGACCACCCUUUACGAAAGGAAAUGAGAUAAUUCCAUUCCUUGGGGCGGCGGUAUUUAAAUAGUUACAUAUCAUUCAGCUGUUCACAACAAUUAACAAUCAGGACCGAGAGACGCAGAUCAUGUAAGUAACCAUCAGCACAACUCAUUUAUAUUGCAACCUUGUUAAUGAAGUAAUACUUUGAACCUGGUGGUUUUAUGUCAUCUGCAUGACUCAGCACUGUAACAACACAUGAAGGCAUCUAAAAUGCUUCUUUGUAGUCCAUCUUUGGAGAAAUUGUAGUUUUGCCGCUGCACACUGACGUCACUAACAUGCGGCGCCCGUCGCAUCAGAACUACGUGGCUUAGUGAAAGUGGAUGUCGGAUGCCCUAAGCCCUGCCGUUGUCUUGUCUCCUAACCAUCUUUCCUUGCCCCCAUGAGGUUUUCCACAAGGUGCUUAGGAGAAGAUGUUAUGAUAUUUGUGACCAUUCGAAUCCAGAUUGUCAGCCACAGCAGCUAUUUUAUGGUGUGGCCCCCGAUCACCAAUGUAGCGCCCCUCCACUCCCUGUCCCCUUGUGAUGCCACGAUGUCUGCAUAUCAAUAGACUUUCCUUCAUUUUGACCCCUACAAAAGUUGAACAUUGUCUAUUCAUCACUCGACCACUAUUUCAAUCUCUGUUUGCAUGACGGCCUAUUGGUCUUAGCCGACGUUUACUGUUACUAUUCAUCAAACUCCACAACAACCCAUGGCCUCCACGAGUUAGCCGACCUCUUAACGUUAGCCAGUAAAAGUUCUCUUGACUUCUUGGAACGUCAACAACAAUCUGAAACAUCUAUUCCUUGGGCUGUAUUGGUUAAAGAGAUCACAAAGUAUAGUAGUGCUUUUAUAUCUAAUGCAAAAAUGGCAAGGCCAACAUUCAUCAAUAACGUUCAAAACCAUUACAUGACAUGUUAAAAAACUGAAAUCAAUGUCAGCUAUUUCUUUUAUUAUUAAACAGAAAGUCAAAAAAGCCUCCCUGAAUGAAAAUGUUUUUAGGCCAGUCUGAAAAGAGUCCCUUAGGUGGUUGGGCUGAGCAAAAGGCCCACAGUGUGGAGCACCCACACGAGCAGUGACUGACAUCAUGAUCAACUUUGCCAUCAGAGCUUUAGACAGAGUCUAUAUUAUUGACCGAACAGCUCUUUUUCAUGAAAGGAUAAGUGAGUAUUUGUCCUCUCAGGUUUUCUGUAGGACAUGCAAAUGUCUGACGAUCUGUCCGUGUUCAAAUUCCCAUUAUGGUUCAAAAUGAACCUGCUGAGGUGAGAUGCUGAGUACUGCACCAACAGAUAGUUUUAGAUACUACAAAGGCCGGGGAUACUAAAUGGAACGGGAAUUUUAGACUUAACAGAAACAGGACAGUCUCACAACAAUGUUGAAUUUUGAUAAAACGUUUUUUUUUUUUUUAAAUAAAGGUGUAAGAAGGGCAUGUGGUUAUGACAAUAAUCUAUACUUCUGACUAGAAAAUGAUUAUCCUCAUCCUUCUAUUGUAACAGCAAAAAGCAAAACUUUACCCUCUGACCUUUUAUGUACCUUUCUAACCUGAAAAGCCACUGAAUCUAGACUUGUUUGUAAAUGGUCAGAAUGUCCAUGAUACAUUUGAGGACGUCACUCCCGAACCCUCAAAUCCGUCCAAUUUCUUCACGGCUGAUCGUUGACGUUGUGGAACGCGAAGUUCUCAGAGCAGCUCGCUGAAUCCCAAUGUGAAGUAAAACAGAAACAAAAGCCUCACUGAGAAUGUGCACCGCAGGCUGGAAUUAUAUGAUCUUUUAUGUGUUUCUUACACUUUCACAACACAGAAUCACCAGCUGGAAAAAUGAAGAAACCCACAAAAACUGGCUGUUCUAUCCGAGCCUCCUCCUCCGAUACACACAGUGAGGCUGGAAUAUGCAGCGCUACAUGUUUGAACAUGUUGUGUACGUUGAGCGGACUGUACGAGACAUUGUCAUCUCACUGCACACGCACCCUGUGUCAGACUUCCUGCAGUUUCACAACUUGUUUGAUUCAUUUCAAAUGAAAAAAGUGCUUCCUCGUCUAUUUUGAAGAUUUUUUUUUCACAUUCUCCCUUUAACUUUCAUAUUCAAUGAAAAUUGUUCAUUCAGGUUUUUUCAAUUCUGGUCUACACUACUUUGUCAUACUAUGCGUGGCAUUACUGUUGCAAUUGUUCUAUAUCGUUUAGGGAUACACAAAGACGCUGUACAUACGCAUGAUCUGCACAUGAACCGUUUUCAGCUGAUCCUAUUCAAACUGGAAUCAUUUGAUGUUUAUGAGAAAUCCACUGCUCUGUUUCCGUUUCCUCUGCUUUUUAACUAUUCAGAGCCUGUCUUACAAUUGUACAUAUGCUCAUGAUGUCCUAGUGAUCAGGAUGGUAAUAUGUGGGCUCUUGUUUCAUGGAAAAUAUUACUUUCACACUAAACCCUCAUUUAUUGUGUAAGAUUAUUCAAAGAGGGAAAAAGGAUCAACCUGUGUGAAUGUGGUCCUCGGUGACGUGUGUCAGCCUGUAUGAAUGUCUGCUAGUAUCAACAUGGGAUCACAAAUCGCUAACAUCAAAAAUCAGUUUCUCAAAAUAACUUCAAAUAACUUGAAUACAUAUUUAUUUUGGAAGAAUCAACAAAACAAAAUGAAUACUUUCUCAUAAACUCAGCUAACCAUUGGGAAUACUUACUAGCUACAUGGCACUGUAAGACACAUUCACUCAUUCGCUCCACUUGAUGUUAUUUCUAUUUAUUUGUUUUUGUAUUGUUUAAAAUGACCAUGUAAGUUUAAAUCCAGCCACAGUUGCACUGCUAAAAGAUAAUAGAAACAACCUCACUUGAAUAGGACCUCUAUAAAGAGAACCAUUCUAUUAGUCUUUGUGUGUGUGUGAGUGUGUGUGUGUGUGUGUGUGUGUGUGUGUGUGUGUGAGUGUGUGUGUGCUGCCCCGUGUCUGAGCUGCACUGUGGCAGCUUCUCAGUCCUCACAUAGAGCUAAAAUGGUUCUGGUUUGACGCGUUCGCAGUCGACACUUUUGGACUUUAAAGGAAUGAUGGGAAAUGUGCAAAGUUUCUUUCCCUAUCGGAGUGAUUGUUCAGGUGGAUAUCAAGCGUAGGACUAUUAGCCAGCAUUUAGACUCGAGGCAGUUAGUAAUACGUCAUAUCGGAUUUGUUCAUCGAAACAGAAAAGGUUGUGGAGAAACAAAACAGUUUAUACAGCUGUCUGCUUAUUUUGCAGAUACAGUAUGAAUAUAUAUCAAGUUUGGACCCACAUUUGAGAAGGUGGGGAAAUAUGUAUGAUGCACUGUUUUUUUUCAAACUAAUAAAGGCCUCAAAAACACCCCAAUGAGACAUCGCGACUGCUGUAGACUAUUGAUCUCACUGUCUGAAAGGAAGGGAACCAACCACAGCACCCUCAGUGGUACAAAAGUAAGACAGACUUCAUGUACGGGUGGUGUCAUGCUAAACAACUGAAUUGAAUGCAAAAUGUUGGCUUUGCUGAAGUCUCAGGAUCAGAUAUUUUAGCUCUAUGGCGGAGCUGUUUCCUUUGCACUGGACAAUCUUCCUUUUUGCUAGCCCUGGGGUGAACCUGAGAACAUUGUACUCAAUUAGAGCCCUAAAUGUAUUACCUGGACUCUUUUUGGUCCAAAGCACAUGACACCGGGGUCAAUGUGAGAUUCCAGAGGUGUAACACGCCUCUCUUCUCAGCCCUUACCACUGUGAUCUCACCUUGACUUUUGUUUUUCUAUUUGACUUGUGCUUUUCUGUAUAAAUGUAUAUUUGAUGGUAUACCUGUGAAUGAUGUAUCAGUUUGAAAUAUUUGUAAUACUGUUAUUGGUUUAUUUUGUAUCAAACAAGAAAAUGAAAAGUAAUGAAAUAAAAGAAUACACAAGAUACUGA